GGGGCUUCCUGCCACCGCCUCGGCAGAGCCGGCAGCGCCAUGGAGCGGCUCCGGUUCCCGCGGCUCCCGCGGCUCCUGGCCGCCGCAGUGAUUGUGGAGUGCUGUGCACGGCUCUGCCCCGGUCUCGGCAGCGGGACGGGCUCCACGCUGAGCACCGCCAUCCCCUGCACCCGCCUGGGGACCGCGACGGGGGAGCGCUGCCAGACAGAUCCGGAGCGAGGAGCUGGCACGGGGCGGGCACCGAUGCUGGAGGCCGUGGGGCAGCUGCGGACAGAGGCUGGGCUGCUGCCCUUCCCUGGGACCCCUGCCGGGACUGCAGAGCCCCCCAGCCCCCAGGGGAGCACCCGGGCAGGCGGGGAGGGGACAGGGCCCGCGGCGUGGGAUGGAACAGCCACCGAGCGCCCGGGGCUCCCACUCUUUGCAGGCACCACUGAGCAGCCAUCCCCUGCCCCAGCGCCUGCGGAGCCGGACACAGCUCCUACCGCCGGAUCUCCCCCCGGGACUGACCCUGUAGGAAAUGUGAUGGUGGAAGGUGCCGCGACCCCGCAGGGGAGCCCCUCGCAUUCACCAUCCUCUGUGACGGUGCCCGGUUCUGCCGGGGGGCAGUGGGGGUCCCCCAGCACCCUGCCAGGACAGAGCCCCACGGGGACAGGGCUUGCACAGAGACAGGGGGACUCACAGGGCCCCUCGUCCCCGGAGCUGUGGGCUGGGGAGGGCACAGGUGCCACCGUCCUGCUGGGUGACGGCAGCCCAGGGACUCACCCGAGCAUUGCACCAGCCACGGGUAGCCCUGCGCUGGGGAUGACGGGGAUGUCCCCCUUUGUCGGGGGGCUGCAGAGGCUGCUGAGCCCCGCAGGGACACCGCAGGGGACAUGGCAGGGGCUGCCAGGGCCGGCAGGAGGACAGGGCUCUGACUCCCGCCCGUGGCAUGGGACGGACAUCGCCUGGCAGGGUCCCCGCUCUGCCCCUCGCCCCUCUCUGCCAUCCCUGGGGGCUGGUGGCCGUGGGGGCUUCCUGGCCAGCACAGCCCAGCCAGCCGUGGGGACGGGCCCAACCUCGCUCCCUGCCACAGGCAAGGGGUCGGGUCUGACUGUCCCCACCGCCACCGCCAGCACCCCAAGGCUGACAUCCCCCAGCCCGGGGGGAGCCCUGGACCCAACCACGGGGGAGUUGGGGCCACCCGACACAGAGGGUACCCCUGAGCACAGCCACGUCCCCCUGGUCCAGACCUGGCGCCCACCACCCAUGCCAGGGCAGCCCCCCACCUCGGUGGCCCCAGGCAGCACCGUUGCGGCACAGAGCAGGGUGCCGUAUGCCAGCGCAGGGUCCCCCCGCGUCCCCCCGUCCCCGCAGCCUGCCCCAACUGGCAGCUCUGCAGUGCCCCUGUCACCGACCCCACAGCCCUCCCCGGGGACCAGCUGGGGUGUCCUGGGGCUCAGCCCCGCUUUGGGCACCCCCCCGGCAGGGCCAUCCCCGGGGCACUGGCUGCCCCACCCCAGCUCGGGGGGGGAUCCUGCUAAGAGCCCCCAAAUCCUGGGGGGGACCACGGUGGGGGUAGGUGAUGCCAUGCCCUGGGCAGCAACUGCUCCGCUGAGCUGGCAGCCGGGCAGCUCUGCCCCCCCCUCAGCCCCUGGGCCCCCCCAGCAGGCGGCUGCAUCCCAGUCUGCAUCUCCCCUGGGGCUGACCACCGCUGUCGGCAUCACCGCCACCGCUGCCGCUGCUGUCACCACCACCACCACCACAGCUGCCACCGCCAGCCCAGCACGGCUCAGGGACGUGGGGACAGUCACGACGGGGCCCGGUGCUGCGGUGUUGCAGGGGAAUGCAGCAGGGCUGACGUGGGGGCCCCCAACUCAUCUGCCCACCAUGGUGCCAGGGCCCCCACAGCAGCCCACCGAUCCCCCUGGGACCCUGAGCCAUCGUGGGGGCCCCGGGUCCCCCCCAGCUGCCGGGGACACAGACCUGGUCCAGCCGUCGAGCAGCUCCAGAGGGUGGCCAGAUGCUGACACCCCCCGAGCGACUCUGGCCCCAGCCGCGGCAGGCAGGGCCCCCCGGGUGUUCAUCGUGGAGGAUCAGCCACCCCUCCUGAGAGCAUCCCUCCUCCGCAUCCCCUGCGAGCUGGUGCUGGACAUGGGGUUCGUUCCCGCCCUGCAGGACCCCGCGUCCCACGAGCGCCAGGGCCUGCUGCACAGCUUCAACCGGACGGUCGCGCCCCUCUUCAUGUCGGUGCCCGGGUUCCUGCGGCUGGAGGUGACGGGGAUCAGGGAGGGCAGCGUGGUGCUGGAGUACGACGCGCUGUUUGCGGCGGAGCGGGUGCCGGCGCCGGGGCUGGGCGAGCUCCUCGACGCCGCCCUGGGCUCCGGCGGCAACCGGCCAGGGCUGGCGGUGGGCGCUGCUCCCGUCCUGCGCAACGUGGCUCUGGAGCGGCCGCUGGACCCCUGCGCUGUGCUCUUCGCCUGCCGGGCCGGCUUCGCCUGCGUGGCCGGGGCGGACGGGAACGCCACCUGCACCUCCCUCUGCCACCGCGACUACUGCAAGAACCACGGCAUCUGCACCCACCCUCGGGACCGCGAGCCCCUCUGCCAGUGCCCCGUCGGCAGCGAUUUCUGGUUCAUGGGGCUGCGCUGCGACUACCGGGUGACGCAGCAGAGCCUGCUGGGGAUGGCCGCGGGGGUCCUGCUCAGCAUCGUCCUCCUGGGUGCCGUCGUCGCCGCCGUCGCCAUCCGCCGGUUCAAGGCGCUGCUGAUGGAGGCCAGGGCCGACCAGACCCGCAGCAGCUACCGGCGGUUCUGCCGGCUGGACGACGUCUCGGCCCAGUACUGGUCCCGCUCCUGGCUGCCCUCGGCCAGCUCGCUGGACAACCCGGCCUUCAGCAACUCGGAGGAGCUGCUCCACUUGCAGAUCUUGGACAACGGCUGCUGCAGCUGCCGGGAGGACUCGGGCAUCACCGGCAGCGCCAAGCAGCGCCUGGUGCCGCCCGCCCGCCCGCCGUGCCAGCCCAGCUUCCAUUACGACUGGGACACAAGUUCUAGCAGCAUGAACGACCCCAUGGUGGACUCGGGAAAAGCCAGCGAUAUCUCGGUGUCAAGCUGGCCCAUGGAGCCCAUCCCGUGGACACCCUUUCCCCUCCUCCAUCAGCUUUCCAGGCAGCGACCGCACAAAGCCCGACGGCCUCAUUCGUACUGCGAGGGGAUGGAGCUGGUCAACCUUGAGAGGAGCUGGACAGCCUGAAGACCACAGACCAAAACACAGGCGACAAGGUUCAGCUUUUAAAACCAACCACAUUUUAUUUCCACGUAACAAGCUCAGUGAAGGAAUUUCAAACACUUUGACAAUACAAUCAACGCAGGUGUGAUGUCAGUUCCACUCGAGGCAGAGUCCUGAAAGGUUAUCUGCCAACGUUUUCACCACUGUUUCGGACCAGACUUCAGAAGCCAGCUUUGGCUUGGGACAGCGUAUUUCAUAGUAAGUAGUUACAGAUAAGUGUCUAGUAACACACAAUGCUGGCAUCCAACAGAGUUAAUGACUUACAUCCGGCAAUUUGAAAAUAAAGUCUAACAGAUUUUUGAAGUCACAUCAUACUAUGUACAUAUAUGGUCUGCCCUAUAGCCAUUUCAGAACAAGCUAAGCCACUGUGAAAAGUGAAAUACAAAUUAAGCGCUGCUGCAUUGUUCAUCAUGAUUAAUGUAAAUGAGGUAUAAAUUUAAACACCAGUACGUUUUAAGCAUUAAAGUUUAUUUUCCAAAAUGCUCUCCUUA